CGGCCCCUCCCUUAGUCUGAAACUUGCGAGGAGUUAGUGGAUACAUUUCCACUGCCGUCUCACGGGGAACUGCUGUUAUUUUUGGGGAGACGGUGUAGGCUGGCAAAGGGUGAAGGUGAAUCUGUGACAACAGCGAGAAUGAUGAGGGAGGUCCGGCGCUGCUCCUUUUGGAGAGGAGUACUGGGGGAAUUUGUGGGAAUGACCAUCUUCGUUUUUCUCAGCACGGGCUCGGCCACCAAGUGGACUCCGAACGGGUUCCCCGCCGACGUGGUACAGAUCGCCCUGACAUUCGGCCUGUCCAUCGCCACUUUAGCCCAGUGUCUGGGGCACGUCAGCGGCGCUCAUCUCAACCCCGCCGUCACCUUGGCUCUGCUCACCGGCUGCCGCCUCAGUGUGUGGCGGGCACUGGCUUAUGUAGGCGCUCAGAUGCUGGGAGCCGUCACUGCCAGCGCUAUUCUGCUGGGGGUCACCCCUAAUUCCAGGAACAGCACCCUGGGACUCAACGCGCUGGCAGAGGACGUGACACCGGGGCAGGGUCUGGGCAUCGAGAUCAUCAUCACCUUCCAGCUGGCGCUCUGCGUCUUUGCCACAACGGACAAGCAGAGGUCCGACCUCACCGGCUCCGGCCCGUUGGCCAUCGGGCUCUCGGUUGUCAUCGGCCACCUGAUGGCGAUUGGCUUCACUGGAUGUGGGAUGAAUCCAGCACGGUCCUUCGGGCCAGCCGCUGUUACUGGUGACUUCACGAAUCAUUGGCUGUACUGGGUGGGCCCGGUGAUCGGAGGGGUUGCCGCCGCGCUGUUCUACGACUUUGUGCUGACCAGCCGACCCGAGGAUGCGUCUGAGCGGCUGAAGGUAUUGACCAGCGGCCCGGCCGAGGAGUACGACGUGGAGGGCGAGCGUGACAGCGCCAGGAUGGAAAUGAAGCCCAAGUGAAGGCGGGGGACUGCA